AAUACAUCAUAAAUCGUCAGGCGCAGGGUGAUCCACAAAUCAAGUCUCCAAAAUCACCCAAAUGAGUUCCUACUUUGUGAACUCGUUCUCAGGGCGCUAUUCUAAUGGCCCCGACUACCAUGUGUUAAAUUAUGGCACUGGCAGCAGCAAUGUGAGCGGAUCUUACAGGGAGACAGGCAGCAUGCAUCCCACCUCUUAUGGCUACAACUACAAUGGCAUGGACCUGAGCGUGAGCCGGGAAGCCGCUUCCAGCAGCCACUAUGAGGACAGCACGGGAGGCUUCCCAACGCAGGAGAGCAGGUUCAGAGCUGCCUCCAGCUGUCCCCUCUCCUCCCCAGAGUCCCAGAGCCACGGGGGAAAGAGCGAGCAGCAAGUCCCCUCCGACCCGGCCACCUCCAGCAGCAGCCACUUCACAGAGGUGGAGGAGACCAGCGCGUCCUCAGACCCCGAGGAAGCCACCCCGAGGGGAAGCGUGUCCCGGGCACAGACAGAGUGCAGCCCCCCCGGAGCCGCCGCCGCAGACGGCCAGACCCCACAGAUCUUCCCCUGGAUGAGGAAGCUGCACAUCAGUCACGAUAUGACAGGUCCGGAUGGGAAGCGGGCGAGGACAGCUUACACCCGGUACCAGACCCUGGAGCUGGAGAAGGAGUUCCAUUUUAAUAGGUACCUGACCCGCAGGCGGCGCAUUGAAAUCGCACACGCCCUGUGCCUGUCCGAGCGCCAGAUCAAGAUCUGGUUCCAGAACCGGAGGAUGAAAUGGAAAAAGGAUAAUAAACUGAAAAGUAUGAGCUUGGCCACGGCAGGGAGUGCCUUCCAGCCCUGACUCCAGCACACUGUUCCCAGGACUCUACCCAUGGUACCCAACUGGGACACCUCUUGUGGCACUUUCUGGGGCACCUCAUGGCAUGUCGCGUAUAAGGACAAUGGUAGCUCCUGCCCAGGACUACAUCCCAUCUCAUCAUUUCUAGCUGUGUACAGUGCGCUCAGUCGCUGUGACGUCCUCAAUGUUUGUGACUGUAAGAUACUGCUGCUUUUAUGGACUACAUAGCAUGUUUAUCCGAGCUCUUAAAUGUUCUAACUUAUUUAUAUUUGAUGAUGAUAAUAAUAAUAAUAAUAAUUAUUAUAAUAAUAAAAAGGCGUCAAAACGUUUACAUUUAUUUUGUUCUUUAAUGUAUGUUUUUUUGUUUGUUUGUUUUUCUGUUUCCCAGAACAAGUAGACUAUUGAUGCACAAAACCCAACUCACGUUGUGUUAUUCCAGUGUCAGGGCUGUGUUCUUGCUCGAUAUUUUUGUGUUUUGCUAAUUGUUAUCUUAUUGCAAGGUUGACUCAUCCUGUUGUCACCAAUAAGUGUUGGGGGAUAAGUGACAUGUUCUGUCUGUAGAGGUUGCAUUGCUUGGUUGCCUGGGGAAUUGCCAAUCCAUUUUUUGUAUUUGUACUAAUAAAAAGAAAAAGUUGUUCUUGA